GCAUUGAGCCAACUCCUAGACAUGCUGUUCCACCCACAAUUGUUCAUGAGGGGCACAGCAGUUGAAAGUCUUUCUGACAUUCUUUCAGGGAAAGCUAGGGAACUAGAAAUACACCAAUGGAUUUGAUCAUGCCUGCACUUUUGAGUAAGUGCUAAGGCAACUUGCAGCUGUCGCUGGGAUCAUUGCAUGGACAUUGUGCCAAGACUCAUCACACCUUGUAUCAGCAGAGACACUUAGGGAGGCAGUGCUGUCAAAGCUGGGAUUACAGUGUGCAUUGCUGCAGGUGGAUGCUCCGAUGUAAUAGUUCUACCCAGGAGACAAGAAGCACAAACAACUAGAAGGUUGAACAGAACAAUAAUGAGAUUACUGCUCUAAGUGCUGUGCUUCUUGGAUGUCCUUUGAACUGCACGUGUGUGAAAGACAUUUGGAGCUGGAUAGGUGCUUUACUUGCAAGAAAACCUUGAAAACAGAAGGUGCAUUUCCAGUCUUAAUGCUACAUCAGCCUCUGAUCUCCUAAACAUUUUACAGAAUAUUAAACAGCCUGCAGAUGGAUGGUAGGGGAUCGCGGAAUUAAAGGAUGCUGCGGAGAUAAGGCAGCUUUCAGCACCCUGGACCUAAGCAAGGUGUCUCAUCCAUCUACAUGAAAGCAGAUGUUCAAAGCAUUUCCUGUGUGCCUGGGGGGAAUCUGGAUUUUGAAUGAAGGAGAAUGAAUAAAAGAUAUUUGCAGAAGGCAACAAAGGGGACAAUUCUUAUGAUAAUAUUUAUUGGAACCAUCUGGGGAAAGCUGACAACUGGGGCAAUUCAUCAAAAAGCCCAGCAUGUCAAAACUGGAACAUGUGAAGUUGUGGCUCUUCACAGAUGCUGCAAUAAGAACAAAAUAGAAGAACGUUCACAAACAGUGAAGUGCUCCUGUUUUCCAGGACAAGUAGCAGGAACAACAAGAGCUACUCCCUCCUGUGUUGAUGCAUCUAUUGUGGAACAGAAAUGGUGGUGUCAGAUGCAGCCGUGUCUUGAAGGAGAAGAAUGUAAAGUUCUACCUGAUCAAAAGGGAUGGAGUUGUGCCUCAGGUACUAAAGUGAAAACAACAAAGGUGACACGGUAGCUGAAAUAUAAAUAUGAGGAA